GUGAUUCUCUAUGAGCAAAUAUUCCCCAAUGAUCCCCUAUGGGCAAAUGUUCCCCAAUGAUCCCCUAUGGGCAAAUAUUUCCCCAAACCAUAAUGUUUCUAAGCUCUGGUGCAUUUUGUUUUGGAACAAUGGUCAUCCUUUCUUUUUCCUCUUGCUCUUCUGCCCCAUAGCGCUGCAUGGAGAGGCUGAAAAGCAGCCGCGCCCGAUUGCUGGAAAGAUACCGUCAUUUGGGAGAAAACGCUGCUCGGCGGACAAGCGACAACAACCUUUUGGUGCAGGAGGUGAUGGAGGCCGAGUGGCAAGCCUUAAAGUCAUCCAAUGCUCCGCUGCCAUCUCUCAGGAAGCCAGACGCGUUUCCUCAGGCGUCCGAAGACUCUGAGCUGGCCGUCUUGGAGGAGAUCCAGCAGGAGCUGAUCUUGCAAGAACAGCUGGUCCUGGAAGAAUAUCAUCAAAGCCUGCGGUUUGAUGAGGAAUGCCUUAACGCAAUGCUUGAGGACUUGGAGAUGGGACACCGGAUCAUCUGCCCCGUCUGUCGAAGGGACGGCCUUUGUGUGAAGAGCCACUUGGUUGCGUGUCCAUGUGGGGUGCGCAUUGCCACGCAGGAGAUGACCGAAGAAAAGCUCCGUUCGCUGCUGGAAGACGCCAUGACGGAGCAUAGCCAGCAUUGCCACUACAGCCCUGAAUUUGCCGUAACAAAAGGGAUGGAAAGAGACGCCAACCUUCUCAUGAGCUGCCGGGCCUGCGAUUCCUGGGCUAUCGUUUUGUAACCUGUCGAUCCUUCCGGCAAAAAGGCAACGCCGCGAUGGGAAUCUUCCUUCUUCUUCCAAGAAGUGCCUUGUUAAGGAACGUGUGUAAUACACACCGUGUAAUAUAACUGUACAAAGCGUCCUCGGUUGUUUAUAAUGUUUUAAGUUAAAUGGGCCGAAGCUGUGAUAUUUCUUUUCUUUUUGCAUAACUAAAUGCACAACUUUAUCUUCCCCAAAUAAAAUCCCCUUUUAAGUUAAGAACUUGGGUUCUGGAGCAAAA